GAUCACGUAUUACCACGGCUAUAUAUCGAAGAACACAAUUGCUAUUUCACAGUUUGGGUUUUGGUUGACUUACAAAAUUUAUUAAGAAUUGUUGGAUACCUUGUACGAAAUUCAUGAAGAUCAAAUGAAAUCUACUAUACGAGAUUGUAAACAAGUUUGAGAAGUACCCAUAAAAAAAAAAUUAGGUUUCAAUAAAAUGGUGUAAACCAUAUCCAUAUGACAUAAUUGGUUCGAACUUCUUCCACUCACCGCUGAUGGGCUGCCACACAUUCUCCUUAUGCUCCUCUUCCUCUCCCCCGGCGAAGCUUGCCCCUCUGCCUGCCUGCCUGCCUGCCUGCCUGCCUUCGCUCAAUCUGCUGAGUCUGCUGCUGCUGCUGCUGCGGUGUUUGGGGUUUCCGUGCCACAAUUGGUCUUGGUACGCGGUACGACUGCGUUGGAGAUUCUGGGGCCUUGUAAAUCCUUUGAACCAUUGCACAAUGCUUUGUCUGCUUUCAUGUUUUCAGUAUAUUUCAAUGUUUUCUCUCCCUGUCUGUUUGCAUUCGUUUUGCAAGCACAGACUUGAGCAUGGCGUGCUGUUGUCGAGAAGAGGGAACCCAGGUCCCAAAAACCAGGGACAGAAUAAUGCUGCGAGGAAUGUUAUUUCAUGGAUACCAUGGGGUGUACGAGGAGGAGAAUAAGCUAGGGCAGAAAUUCUUAGUAGAUGUGGACGCAUGGAUGGAUCUCACCAAGGCUGGGGAAACCGAUGCUAUGGAGCAGUCUGUGAGCUAUGCGGACAUGUAUAAGCAGAUAAAAACCAUUGUGGAAGGCCCGCCUUUCAAGUUAGUGGAAGCUGUGGCGAGUGCAAUCGCUAGGACGCUCUUGACUGCACAUCCCAUGAUUUCGGAUGUUAGAGUGAAAGUUUGUAAGCCUCAUGUUGCUGUAGAAGGAAUCGUUGAUCACUUGGGUGUAGAAAUAUUUCGAAGCUCUGAAGGGAAUAAAUCAUGAGAUUCUAUCCUCUAGAAGCUGAAUGUUCCUAGAGAAUUCCUCUUAAACUGCACAUAGUUUGCAAAGUAAUAGACAGACAGGGUUUGGGUUGAUGGCUAAACCCUUAACUUCAAAUCGUUUAAUGCAAGACGUAAUUGAAUAAAUCAAUUUUGCUAACAAUAAUUCAUUCGA